UAUAAUAAUUAAAAUGCUAUUGUCAUCAUUUAUAGUAAUCUUAGAGCAUCAUUAUCCAUGAUUUCUUAGGGUGGAGUUUUUAGGGGAAUAUAAAAAACUAAAAAGUUAAGAAACUGUUUUUUAAAGUAGUAUAAUUUCGCUGUGUUUGAAGUAUUUUUGUUUCAGUUUAUAUUCUUAUUAAAAUUUUCUUCACAUAAAUUUCAAAUUAGAAUCCUCUUAAAAUGUAGUUCAAUUCUGUUAUAAAAAUAAAAUGAUAUCUUGUUGAUUUAUAAAUAAAUUGAUAAAGAUUUUAAAAUUAUAGAUAAAUCGUAUAUAUUAAAUUUUAAACUGAAUCCAAAUUUUUAAAAAUCUUAUCUAUUUUAAGUCUGAUGGAGUUGAUUUAGACUUAUAUAACCAAUAACGACCCCUAAAACUAAUGAGGAUGAUAUUCAUUUCAUGCGAAAUACAAUUGGACCAAUAGAAUAAAAUAAUUUUUAUUGUAUUACACUAAAUUUAAAAAGUACAAUAUAACAGUUUACAAAAAAAAGUAAAAUAUAAACUGAUGUUAUCAGUAUCCUUCUUCUCAGUUAUCAUCGUGAUUGUGUGAAUUCUACUCUUUUAUUUCCAUUUUCUCGUUCAACCAACUCCCAGAUAUAUAUGGGAUCCUCCCAUUUAUAUUGCCAAAGGCAAAAGCAUUUGUUAAGAUUAAAUACCCAUUAUAGUGGGCAAUUCAAUCUUUCCCACAUUUGCUUUUGUCUGAAGAAAGUGUCUAAUUUAGGCCACUUUUUCAAAUUUAUUUUUAUUUUGGACUGACAUAGUUGGCAAUGUGUUGGAAAGAGACAAUCUAAGAUGUCAUUUUCUUGCCUAGGUCCAACAAAUUUUGAUGAAACCCAUGUUGCCUAACGAAAAAUGUUUUUGACAAAAAAACUCUAUUUUUACAGUUGACUUCCACAGAGUAAACAUAUUGUCAAGCAGGUGUUAAAAAAACAUAUUGUCAAGACUACUCCCGUCACUACAAUAUCUAAUAAAAAAAAUGAGUAGGUUAUUGUUACAAUGAAUUAGUAUAGUCACUUUUUAUUUGAGAAGACCCUAUGUCUAACAAAUAUAUAAAAUUAGGCAGGCAAAGUAAAGUAUACUUAUCUCUACAUUAUAACAUGUUAUUAUUUUCCUUACUUGGCCCCAUCUCAGUUCUUCACCUCUAUAUCUAUCCCCACAUUUCAUUGCAUUGAUUCUCUUACAAAACACCCUCCCCACCCCCUCCAUGUCUAAAAUGUUUAGCAGAAUUGCAAUGACCAACUAUGUUGUUGUGCUUCUUCUUUCCUUAACAUCCUUAGAACAUGGAUUAUUGUUUCAAAGGGUGUCCUCUCUUGGCAUAAACUACGGUCAAGUCGGCGACAAUCUUCCUCCACCAGACAAAGUUAUACAACUCUUGGGCUCACUCCAUAUCAACAAGACAAGAAUAUACGACACAAACCCUAAAGUCUUAAGCUCAUUCGCCAAUUCUAACAUCGAGCUCUUCGUCACUGUCGAAAACCAGAUGCUUCCCAGCUUAGUCGACCCUCAACAAGCUCUCCAAUGGGUCACGUCCCGUAUCAAACCCUUCUUUCCGGCCACUAAGAUCGGCGGUAUUGCUGUUGGAAACGAACUAUACACCGACGACGACUCGAGCCUCAUAGGGUAUCUUGUACCCGCAAUGAUGAGUAUUCAUGCAGCUCUCGUCCAAACUGGUCUAGACAAGUACAUUCAAGUAUCUACUCCGAAUUCACUAUCAGUCCUUCAAGAAUCUUACCCACCCUCCGCCGGAUGUUUCAGACCGCAAGUCACUGGCGUAAUGACGCAGCUUCUAAGCUUCUUGCAUAGCACGAAAUCCCCUUUUUGGAUCAAUGCUUACCCUUACUUCGCUUACAAGGAUUCCCCAACAAAGAUCCCAUUAGAUUACGUUCUCUUCAACCCUAACCCUGGAAUGGUUGACCCCUACACCAAGUAUCACUACGACAACAUGCUCUAUGCUCAAGUAGACUCUGUGAUCUUCGCCAUGGCAAGGCUUGGCUUCAAAGAUAUCGAGGUUGGGGUCUCAGAGACUGGUUGGCCGUCUAAAGGUGACGGAGAUGAGGUUGGAGCCACCGUGGCCAAUGCGGCAGUUUAUAACAAGAAUCUUCUAAAGAGACAACUUCAGAGUGAAGGAACGCCACUGAGAAAAAACAUGGGACUUGAUGUUUAUCUUUUUGCUCUCUUUAAUGAAGACCUUAAACCAGGACCAACCUCUGAGAGAAACUAUGGAUUGUAUCAGCCUGAUGAGACCAUGGCUUACAAUGUAGGUUUAUUAUCAUCAUCACAAUCAUCUACUUCUUCAACUAAUUCUAUUGUUUCCCUCACUUCCUCUGCCUCUACGGAUAUAACGAGGGGAAAGCAACGGUUGAUAUAUUUUAUGUGCAUUUACUUGCUGGCCAUUCAUAUGCUAAUUAGAAGACGGUACUAGAGGCAGAAACAAAACCGAGAGAAACUGUUUAUAUUAUUAAAAGCAAAUGGACCAAGCCCAGAUACAACAGAAACACCAAAGGCCCAAACAUAAACGGGCUACAACAUACGGCCGAAGCCCCAAACAAUUUAGACGGCUCCUCGGCCCAACCUUACAAAACCGGACGAUCAAGGCCCAUGAGAGAAACAAGGAAGCAGAGGAAGAGACACGUGGGAUGAUCUACACCAUUCAGAUCGGCAUGCGUUUCUCCGCCUCAACUUGCCCUUCAUCGACUCCGGAAGAAACCGGAAGAGAUCGCCGGAACGCUCGUUUCGCCGGAGCUCAGAUACCGUCAGAGCCUCCGCCGAAACCACCUAAUUUCCUUGCUUUUACAUCAUGUCGGAGGUUUUUCUCAAACCAUCGAGAUCUCCCCCGACACAACCAAACUUCAAACCAUUAGAGAAAUCAUCGUUUUACCCGCACUGUCAACACGCGGAAGAGAUCAAUCGAAACACGAGAUCAUCUCCGCCUUUGAACCGCUUAAAACCCUAGACGCGCGCAUCGAGAACCACCUAAUUGUUGACUUGACCGACUUCACCUCGGCGGAGAGCUUCAUCAUCAAAACGAGAACUCCUCCGCCCUGACCCAGAACCAC